AUGAAGAAACCCAAUGGCACGAAUGGAGCCUCUAGCUCUCUCGAGCCACCCCCCUCAACUUUCCAACCUCUCUGCCAUCCGCUGGUGGAGGAGGUAUCCAAGGAAGUGGACGAUUACUUCCUCCAGCACUGGAACUUCCCCAAUGAGAAGGCCCGCAAAAAGUUUGUAGUGGCAGGGUUUUCGCGGGUAACCUGCUUGUACUUCUCGAAGGCGCUGGAUGACCGCAUUUAUUUUGCCUGCCGUCUGCUGACGGUGUUGUUCUUGAUUGAUGAUCUGCUGGAAUACAUGUCGUUCGAGGAAGGUUCCGCGUACAACGAGAAGCUCAUCCCGAUCUCGCGCGGCGAUGUCCUUCCGGAUCGGUCCAUUCCCGUGGAAUACAUCAUCUACGAUCUGUGGGAGAGCAUGCGCGCCCACGAUCGCGAGAUGGCAGACGAGAUCCUGGAGCCGGUGUUCCUGUUCAUGCGGGCACAGACAGACCGCACCCGAGCCCGGCCGAUGGGGUUGGGCGGUUACCUCGAGUACCGCGAGCGUGAUGUGGGCAAAGAGUAUGUCUGGGUCCAGAUUUUGGGCGUGUAUGGUGCUUUAUCCUUAGCGAAAAGAAUACUCAACGAUAUUUUUCCUAACUGGGAACACGACAACCGGAUUCGUUUUCUUGCUGUGGAAGUUUUUCACGACCGUACCUACAUGGCCUUCGACAUCAACCAUCAUGACUACAACUUUCGCACAGCGCAUCAAGACAAGACCGCUCUUCCUGUCUAUGUGCUGCGGCGGGUUCAUAAAGGGCGGAAUUGGGCUCUUGUUAGAUUGCCUCAGGAAGAUGGGAGGCUUUGUACAAGAUUGGCGGAUCUCCAUCGAGCCCACGGUUACGAUGUCGAACUGCCUAUUGUAGAGGAUAACACCUCCAUGAUUGUACACGCCAAUCCCCGGUCGCUGGCAGAGCUCGCAAUCUAA